AUGGACAGCUCCCACUACAAACGACUCACCGUCUCUCGCGGGUUCACUUACAACUACUACGUCUCUCCCGCCUCAGAUGGCAAGCCAACACUCCUCUUCCUUCAUGGAUUUCCCAGUACAGCGCAAGAUUGGCGUCGCCAGGUCGCGCACUUCAAGCCUAAGGGCUAUGGUUUGAUCGUCCCUGAUAUGCUUGGGUACGGUGAUACGGAUAAACCACUGGAGGCGAGCGAUUAUGUUGGCAGCCGGUUGGCGCAAGAUGUGUUGGAUAUUGUGGAGAAUGAGGGUGUGGAGAGGGUGGUCGUUGUUGCCCAUGACUGGGGCGCGGUACCCGCAAGUCGACUCGCCAAUCUUUACCAGGAUCGCUUUGAGGGAUUCGCGUUCUUAGCCGCCGGGUACAUUUCUCCUGGCAAAGAAAUCGACCCAGAGCCCGUCAGGGAGAUGACGAAGCAGUUGGUGGGGUACGAGACCGGUGGAUAUUGGUGGUUUUUGGCUUCUCCAGAGGCACCGGGUAUAAUCAAGGACCACAUUGACUCGUUCUACGAUAUCAUCUGGGCUAAAGAUGCCCUCCCGGCUUGGAAGACCUACUUUUGUCCGACGGGCGCUUUGAAGCGGUCGCUGAAGAGUGAUGUUAGGAUCGAGAGGGGGGAUUAUAUCACGGAAGAGGAAUACCGCCAGUCGCAAGAGGUAUUCCUGAAGAACGGAUACGAGGCGCCGUGUCUGUACUACAAGGCUAUGAUCUCCUGCUUGAAUUUGGAAGAUGCGAGAGCUAUACCUGAGGAGAAGCACGUCAUCCACAAGCCAGUCUUAUUCCUUGGAGCGGCGAGGGAUGCAGUGUGCCUUCCAGCAUUCUACGAACCGCCGAAGGAUCUUUGUCCCAAGGCCACAUCCAAAACCUUGGAUGCUGGUCAUUGGAUCCUGCUCGAGCAUGAGAAGGAGGUUAAUACGGAGCUGGAAGCCUGGCUCGGUAGCAUGGGCUUGUAA